AUGUCUCGUCGAAAGCAAGCGAAACCCCAGCAUCUCAAAUCGGACGAAGAGCUGCAAGCGGAGGUAGUUUCUGAGCACGCAGUCCCAGGAGAAGGAGCAGAUGAUGGUGAUAGCGGGAACGAGAGCAGGAGCGGAAGCGAAGAAACCAACGUUUGUGAGAAAUGCUGCGCUGAGUUCUUCAAGUGGACGGACUUCCUCGAGCACAAGAAGAGCUGCACUAAAAACCCACUGGUGCUGAUCGUGAAUGAAGAUGAAGCAGCUCCACCCCCCGCCGAGGAGUUCCCCGAGCCCUCGCCCGCCAGCUCGCCCAGUGACCAGGCAGAGAGUGAAGCUGCUGAAGAAGGCGUCCAGGCAGAAAACAAUGACAGCGCUGAGGUAAAAACCACGGAAAAGGAAGAAGAGCCAAUGGAGGUAGAAACUUCUGCGGAGAAAAGUUUCCAGAAUCAAGGCACCUCAAACACAGCUACUCCUCUACCUCAGAUCCCUGAACCACCUUCCAUGACAAGCUAUAACAUGCCAAACACCAACGUCACGCUAGAGACUCUGCUGAGCACUAAAGUGGCAGUCGCGCAGUUCUCGCAGAGCGCACGGACCACCGCGUCCGCCAGCAUCAGCAGCGGGGUGACGGCCGUGGCCAUCCCCAUGAUCCUGGAGCAGCUCAUGGCCCUGCAGCAGCAGCAGAUUCACCAGCUCCAGCUCAUCGAGCAGAUCCGCAGUCAAGUGGCAAUGAUGAACCGCCAGCCGCUCCGGCCGUCCCUCAACCAGGUCGUGGCCGCCCAGGGUGGUCCGGGCCAAGCAUCCAACCAGCUGCAGGGGUUCGCCACCAGUGCCGCCGUCCAGCUCACCGCCGUCAUUCCUCCCGCCAUCGUGGGGCAAGCCGCCAGCGGUCCGCCCGCUGCUUUCGACGGCUCGCAGCACAUCUCAAGACCUACGUCCGGGGCGAGUACGCCCAACAUAUCCAGCGGUGGCUCUUCCGCCCCACCUGAAUCGAGCGUACCUUCCUCCUCAAACGCAAUUACGUCCAUAACUCCCGUUUCCGUGUCAAACGCUCCUAACAGCGCUUCGCAACCCCAGAAUGCUUCGACUCCGCCUUCGAUAGGACAUGGAAGCCUCACCUCGGUGUCCAGCCUGCCAAACCCACUUCUACCUCAGACUUCAUCAAAUAGCGUGAUCUUCCCCAAUCCGCUGGUCAGCAUCGCCGCAACGGCUAACGCGCUAGAUCCUCUGUCCGCCCUUAUGAAGCACCGCAAAGGAAAGCCACCAAACGUGUCAGUGUUUGAACCCAAGUCAAGCUCUGAGGAUCCCUUUUUUAAACAUAAAUGCCGAUUUUGUGCCAAGGUCUUUGGAAGUGACAGUGCUUUACAAAUUCACCUCCGCUCGCAUACAGGCGAAAGACCUUUUAAAUGUAACAUAUGCGGAAACCGCUUUUCCACAAAGGGCAACCUGAAAGUUCAUUUUCAGAGGCAUAAAGAGAAAUACCCUCAUAUUCAGAUGAACCCUUAUCCUGUUCCAGAAUACCUCGAUAAUGUGCCCACCUGCUCUGGAAUCCCCUACGGGAUGUCGCUGCCCCCCGAAAAGCCGGUCACAACGUGGUUAGACAGCAAACCUGUUUUACCGACCGUCCCGACUUCCAUCGGGCUCCAGCUGCCCCCCACUAUACCCGGUGUGAACAGUUACGGAGAUUCUCCAAGUAUCACUCCUAUGAGCAGGUCACCCCAGAGGCCUUCUCCUGCCUCCAGCGAAUGCACUUCUCUAUCCCCGAGCCUCAACACUUCUGAGUCGGGCGUCCCGGCGUCUGCCGAAUCCCCACAGCCCAUUCAGAGCGGCUCAUCUCUGACCAAGGCAGAACCUGUCACUCUGCCUCCCACGAGCACACGGCUCGGGGACCUCUCUGCAGGUGGGCAAGUUUCCACAGCUUCCACGUCUUCGAUUCCUACCGCUGUUACGGACAGCAGCGCUGCAACAAGCCUCCCAAACCCUGUGCUUCCAGCAGUGUCCGACCAGUUUAAGGCAAAGUUCCCGUUCGGUGGUCUGCUAGACUCUAUGCAAACAUCAGAAACCUCAAAACUACAACAGCUAGUGGAGAACAUUGAUAAGAAGAUGACGGAUCCGAAUCAAUGCGUCAUUUGUCACCGUGUGCUUAGUUGUCAGAGCGCUCUCAAGAUGCAUUACAGAACGCAUACAGGAGAAAGACCAUUUAAAUGCAAAAUUUGUGGACGUGCCUUUACUACAAAAGGCAAUCUAAAAACACAUUUUGGAGUUCAUCGAGCGAAGCCACCACUUAGAGUACAGCACUCGUGUCCCAUUUGUCAGAAGAAAUUUACAAAUGCGGUUGUUCUUCAGCAGCACAUUCGUAUGCAUAUGGGCGGGCAAAUUCCAAACACGCCACUACCAGAGGGCUUCCAGGACGCCAUGGACUCAGAGCUUUCGUACGAUGAGAAGAACGUUGACACGCUGAGCAACUUCGACGAUGACAUUGAUGAAAAUUCUAUGGAAGAGGACCCGGAGCUAAAGGACACGGCAAGUGACUCAUCCAAACCCCUUAUCUCUUACUCUGGGUCAUGUCCUUCUUCGCCACCUUCUGUGAUCUCCAGUAUUGCUGCUUUGGAGAAUCAAAUGAAAAUGAUUGAUUCUGUCAUGAACUGUCAGCAGCUGACCAGUUUGAAAUCCAUAGAAAAUGGAUCAGGGGAAAGUGACCAUUUGAGCAAUGACUCCUCAUCAGCCGUCGGUGAUCUCGAAAGCCAGAGUGCAGGCAGCCCUGCAAUGUCAGAGUCUUCUUCCUCCAUGCAAGCUUUGUCUCCUGUAAAUAGCAAUAGCGAAAGUUUCAGAUCAAAGUCCCCAGGUCUCAGUAACCAGGAAGAGCCACAAGAAAUACAAUUAAAGACAGAAAAACCAGACAGUCCACCACCCGCAACUGAAAAUGGAGGCGCAUUAGAUCUGACAUCCACCAACCCGGGAAGACCGGUCAUCAAAGAGGAGGCUCCUUUUAGCCUGCUGUUCCUGAACAGAGAACGUGGUAAGUUUAAAAGUACUGUUUGUAAUAUCUGUGGCAAGCCUUUUGCUUGUAAGAGUGCAUUGGAAAUUCACUACCGCAGCCAUACUAAAGAACGUCCAUUUGUUUGUACAGUCUGCAGUCGUGGGUGUUCCACUAUGGGUAAUUUAAAACAGCACUUACUGACGCACAAAUUAAAAGAGCUGCCUUCUCAGUUAUUUGAACCCAACUUUACUCUAGGUCCCAGCCAAAGUACUCCUAGCCUGGUCACCAGUACAGCACCUACCAUGAUCAAAAUGGAAGUGAAUGGUCACAGCAAGCCGAUCUCUUUGGGUGAGGUUCCCUCGCUUCCAGCUGGAAUCCAGGUUCCUGCUGCACCACAGACAGUGAUGAGUCCGGGGAUCACCCCUAUGCUGGCACCCCCCCCUCGCCGGACUCCCAAGCAGCACAACUGUCAGUCGUGCGGGAAGACCUUCUCCUCAGCAAGUGCACUGCAGAUACACGAGCGCACCCAUACCGGUGAAAAACCGUUUGGUUGCACAAUCUGUGGUAGAGCUUUUACCACAAAGGGGAAUUUGCAGGUUCACAUGGGAACCCACAUGUGGAAUAACGCCCCCGCGCGCCGCGGCCGCCGCCUCUCCGUGGAAAACCCCAUGGCUCUGCUGGGUGGCGAUGCCCUCAAGUUCUCCGAGAUGUUCCAGAAGGAUUUGGCAGCUCGGGCCAUGAACGUUGACCCCAAUUUUUGGAACCAAUACGCUGCAGCUAUCACUAACGGACUUGCGAUGAAGAACAAUGAGAUUUCUGUCAUACAGAACGGCGGCAUUCCCCAGCUCCCCGUAAGUCUAGGCGGAGGGGCCAUCCCGCCUCUAAGUAACCUUACCGGUGGCAUGGACAAAGCUCGCACGGGCAGCAGCCCUCCCAUUGUCGGUCUGGACAAAGCAAGUUCUGAAACGGGAGCCAGUCGUCCAUUCACCAGAUUUAUUGAGGAUAAUAAAGAGAUUGGCAUAAAUUAAAAGCAUUCGUUCCGAAUAACUGUUGGACCGCUACUCGACACAACACUUGUCCUGUUCCAUGUACAGCUUUUGAAGCUAAGCGGUAGUUUCCUGACCUAAACGCAUAGGUUCCCUUUAAAGUUUUACCCAUAGCAGAAAUACAUAACUUUGUGGCUGCUGAAAAGUUGUCUUGCAAGAUCUGCAUGGUACUUCUUUCAACAGUGAGUUUGACUGUUACUGAGAACUUUGAAACCUUUUAAUUUAACAGAAAGCAAACAAACAAACAAAUCACAGGAUAACUUCAUUAGAAACAGAAAGAGGCUAGUCUGCGUCCACUUCGCUUCUUACAAAACUUACCAUCGCCUGAGAAAGGGGGGCUUCAUUAUGGCAUUCUGUCACACUUAUUUGCUGGUUUUGUUCAAAUUAGUUAGCAACUUGGACUAUGUUUUUAGGAAUCUUAAUCUUAAAUAAGUGAUUUAGUACCCCAAUGCUGUGUAUUAUUACAGUAUCCUUGUCUGUAGUAUUUAUAAUGUUAAGAUUAUGCGGGUAACAGACAAUAUACUAGCCCCAAACUUAAAUGAAGCUUUUGUACUGCAAAAUACAUCUGGCUAUGUGAUUUUUCUUUUAUUUUCUUUUUUUUUUUUUUUUAAGCAAGUUUUGUUUUCCUAUAAAUAAGUGGUUUAUUUCAAUGCAGGCAAAAUUGUGAAGUUUUAUUGGGAAAGAUAGCAUGCUUUUCAUGUGCAAGUACCUGUCAGUAACAAACCUUUUUUUAUUUAAAUAUUUGUAGCUGCUAUGUGGACAGUUGUUCUAUUAAAUGAAAAAAAAAUGUAGUGUGGACUUUAGCUCAAUGAUUGGAAAACAAGUUACAGACAAACCUUAGCACCAUAAAUUAUUCACAACAUUAUAAACAGUUGUGAGUAAAUACUCCAUGUUAUCAAAGCUGUACAAUAAAAAGGUAAUGUUUGUAUAAUGUGGUUGCAAACUCUUAAUUUAUACUAUUGCACUUUUAGUAUUUUGUAUUAGGGAGGUUUGUCUAUAAUUUGAAACUGAACAAAGAUGUAAACUAUUUUAUAAAUAGUACUUUGACUUAAGGAAUAAGGAGGAGAACCCUGUUGCAGUUUCUCGUUUUAUUUUAAGGUCAAACAAUGAGAGAUCUCUAUUAACUAAGCAGAAAAGCCGCAGAGAACUGUCAGAUCCUUAGGAAAUAUGGGGCCUGCCAUUUCUUAAAUGGAAAUGAUUCAUUUAACUUUUCUACAAAGCCCACUUAAAAGCGUGACCACCCCCGACAGAAUUCUGAUACAUUUAUCUUAGGAGUGUGAUAUUAAUACAAGUCUAGGAUAGAGGAAGGAGAACAUUGUGUAGGUUUAAUUUUACUGUAAUCUGUUCUGUCUCUUUCACACAUACCCACAAGAAAGAUGUCGACUGCCUAAUAACACGGGAACAAAAUAAUAACUUUUGGGCAGCGUGAGCAGUAGUAAUAUAGAAAUAUUCUGUAUCUAUUUCCAACUCUUGCUGAUUAUCUUCUCAGAUUGCUCCAAAGCACAAUGUACUCUGAUUAAUCGAAUAUAAUUUUAUGUUGAUUGCGUUGUUUAAAUUACACCGAGUAAAUAAAGGGAAUGGUUCCACUCGUAAGCUAGGCUGGGGAUGCUGAGGAGACUGGGGCUUAAUCAAAACUUGAAGAGUAAACGUUUUGUGUACUACCUCAUUUUUGUGCAUUACAAGCAUGGUGGAGUUGACACUAUGAACUUCCGUCCAGCAGAAUUGCUUGAGGGACAUUAUGGGUAGCUGGGAAACAGCGCAAGGAGUUUUAUGCCCCUGAAGGACGAAUCAGACAGUGAGGUCUUCUCAGUUGAGACUGAAAAAUAGGACAAUCUUUCUUAUACAACAAAAACCAUUACUGUAAGAGGAUGGACUAUUCCUGCCAUCGUGUAAUGGAGUGAAAAGAGGUUCAAAGACUUAUUAGCUGUUUGUUUCUAUUGGAA